CGUGUGUGUUGCACGUGUUGAUUGUGUUUGCUGGUGGUGAUCCUCGUUUUCAAUUGCAAAUUCAAGCCGAAAAUCGACGUGACAUGCGAUGAGCGAGCACAAAAUGACGUUAUAUACUAUUUCCGAGGAGAAUUUGCUCCGUUUCUCGGCAAAAAACAAAGAGUUCGAAAAGUUUUUAACGAAUUACGAUGCGAAGGAUCUCAAAGCUGGACAUGUUCAGGAUAUCUUUGAGUACAUUGCUGCUGCAUUUCUGGAUCCCAGAUACACAGCUUCAGUAGUGGAAUGUUUUCGGAGGCACUUUGUGAAAAUUCUUCAUUUGGCCAUAUCAGUUGAGCAGGGAGAAGCUGAUAGGUACAUCACAAUUAGAAAUACAGUUGCCUUGGCCAAAACAAUUGAACUUCAUCCAGAUAGUGAAAGUUUUAUAUUAAAGUAUUUCGAGAAAUGGACUGAUCUCUUUACAGAAGAUGCUCAGAGUGCUCCUAAGAAAAAGAAAAGAGAUGUGGCAGUAUAUGCUUUUAGUGAUUUAGAUUUUGUUGAGGCCUGCUAUAAACUACUGAAAUUUAAACCAGCUUUUUUCAAGGGAAAAUGGAAUUGGUCCACAUUUUUUGCAAAGUAUGCAAAUCACAAAGAUGCUGCAGUGAGGUGGAUUUAUUGUCAUUGUGUGGGGCUGUAUACAGGGAUGGGUGAAAUCCAAUUGAAUAAUUAUUUGGAUAUAGUAUUGAAAUCUUCUGAGAGAAUUGAUAGUGACUUGAAAUAUGGCUUGAGCAGGCAGAUUGCCAUUAGUGAUAUCCAAAAUGCAGAUUCUGAUAUGCAUGGUAUCAUUACGUCGGAGUCGGUGAUUUGUGUUUGUGGUAUUUAUCUUCCUGUGUAUGAAAAAGUUGUUGCGACGUGCGGGAAAAUCGUUGAGGUUGCGUCGACAAGGAAUAACUUGCAGAGGAUUGCUUUGGGGAUUGCUGCUAACAAGACUGUGAGUCUUUUGGGUCCAGUGGGGAGUGGAAAAACUUGUUUGGUGGAAUAUUUGGCUGCAAAAACUGGACGUGUUUUGGGGAAGAGUUUUAUUAAGAUUCAGCUGGGAGAUCAGACUGAUAGCAAAAUGCUUUUGGGAACUUACAAAUGCACUGAUGUUCCUGGUGAAUUCAUCUGGCAACCAGGAGUUUUAACUCAGGCUGUAAUUGAUGGCUCUUGGCUGCUUUUGGAAGAUAUUGAUUCAGCAAGUGUAGACAUUGCAUCAGUCUUGAACGGAUUAAUAGAAAACGGAUACUUAACUGUGCCUGGCUAUCAUGAUUCAGUACCAAUCAAACCCGGUUUCCAAUUGUUCUUAACGCAAAGAUUAAUAACGACGAUUACGGGACACCACCGAAAAUAUACAAACGCUAAUGCUUUAUUGGAGAAACAUGUUCUCACGAUAAACAUCGAUCCGCUUAUUGAUUCAGAACUUAUAGAGAUCAUUAGUGGAAUUUAUCCACAGUUGAAGACCAUCUGCACACGCAUGUCUGAUGUUUUCAAGACAGUUUCCGGGGAUGCUGAGAGGUUGCAGAAAAACGCGCGUCUGACCUCAACCCGAGACCUGUUCAAGUGGACUUCCAGAGCAGUCAUUGAUUUUGAUAUUGCCAGUCAGGCAAGUGCUUUGAGAGUUCUUCAAGAUGCUAUAGACAUAUUUUGCUGCGCUUUUCCGAACGCCGAUGAACGAGUAACGUUGGCACAGGCAAUUAGUGCUCAUCUGGGUAUCGUCGAACAGAAGGCGCAGUAUUUUUUGAACCAAUAUAAACCAAACUUGAGCAUGGGCGACAACGAUUUAAAGGUGGGCAGGGCUUUGAUUAAGAGGCAAUUCAAUAUUAAAUCGAAUAAAGUGUUGAAUUACUGCUUCACACGUCCUUUCGCUUGUCUGUUGGAGAGGAUUAUAUGCUGUGUGAAUCUGAGGGAACCCGUUUUAUUGGUAGGCGAAACCGGAACCGGAAAAACGAGCGCAGUACAGUACUUGGCACACACGGUUGGUCAAAAAUUACUUGUUAUCAAUAUGAACCAGCAGUCUGAUUCCGCCGAUCUAUUGGGCGGUUACAAACCCGUCGACUUCAAGUUCAUCAUUGCCCCAGUCAAAAAGCAAUUUGAGGCUGUAUUCAAAGGAUAUUUUAACGCCGAUGCCAACAGAAAGUUCUUGCAGAACUUGAACUACUGCUACAACGAGAAGCUUUGGAGCCAUCUUAUAACGUUGAUGAAGAAAAGUUACGAAGCGGCUAUGAACCGACUAGUGAAAAACGACGUGGGUCAAAAGCGAGUGCGAAGCGAAAGCAGCGAAAAGGAGAUUAAGUACAUGAAACAGUGGACUGAGGUGGGCUCCAAGUUAGAAAAAAUUGAGGUCCAAUUGAAGCACAAAACAGCGUUAGCAUUUGCGUUCAUCGAGGGAACUUUGGUGAAAGCCGUCACUAAUGGUUAUUGGGUGCUGCUCGAUGAAAUCAAUUUGGCCAACGCCGAGACUUUGGAAUGCCUUUCUGGUUUGCUAGAGGGUGCCGAAGGUAGUUUGAAUUUACUUGAGAACGGCGAGAAAAAACCUAUCAAGAGGCAUCCAAAUUUCACCUUAUUCGCUUGCAUGAAUCCAUCCACAGACGUUGGUAAAAAGGAUUUACCCGUUGGUCUGAGGAAUCGUUUCACCGAGUUCUUCGUGGAUGAAUUGAUCGAUCGCAACGAUCUCAUACUGAUGGUGAAUAGUUAUUUGGAGGCGCAAUCCAUAGGACCGGAGAAAGUAGAAAACAUUGUCAAGUUUUAUUUAAACGUACGAAAGGAAUCUUUGUUGUCUCUUUCUGAUGGUUUAGGACAUAAACCGCAUUUCUCUUUGCGUUCGUUGUGCAGAGCUUUGGCAGUGGCCUCAAAAAAUCCGUGCGGCGUUUUCACCAGAAGCUUGUAUGAAGCGUUUUGCUUGAGUUUCUUAACGCAACUCGAUGCAAAUUCGUACAAGGCUGUGGAGAAGAUGAUCGUAAAGUACAUAAUUGGUGGUCAGAAGGACCUGAAGGCCAUUUUGAAGGGACCUAUUCGAGAGCCAAGCGUUGGCAAUUACUUGCAGUUCGAGGGAUAUUGGGUGUUGAAGGGUUCUCUCGAACCAACCGUUGCCGACGAUUAUAUUCUCACCGAUUCGGUCCGUAACAAUCUUAAAGAUCUUGUUAGGAUUGUGUCCAUCGGACAUCUUCCUGUACUGCUUCAGGGUGAUACUUCUGUUGGUAAAACCAGUUUGAUUACAUAUCUGGCUAAGGCGUCUGGCUACAAAUGCGUGAGGAUCAAUAAUCACGAGCAUACUGAUUUGCAAGAAUACAUUGGGUCGUACGUUGCCAAUGAGGAUGGAAAAUUGGAGUUUCAAGAAGGUUGUUUGGUGGAGGCGAUGCGCAAAGGUCAUUGGAUUAUUUUGGACGAGUUGAAUUUGGCUCCGACUGAUGUUUUGGAAGCGUUAAAUCGUGUGCUCGAUGAUAAUAGGGAGCUGUUCAUUCCCGAAACUCAGGAGGUGAUCAAGGCUCAUCCGAACUUCAUGCUUUUUGCCACUCAAAAUCCGCCUGGCACUUACAGUGGCAGGAAAAUGCUAUCCAGGGCAUUCAGGAAUCGUUUCGUUGAGCUGCAUUUUAACGAGAUUCCUCAUCCUGAGUUGGAAUUCAUUCUGCAUAAGCGCUGCCACAUGGCUCCGUCGUACGCAAAGAAAAUGAUCAACGUUAUGAAAGAUCUACAAACUAGAAGAAGAGGAUCUGCUGCAUUUGCCGGGAAACACGGCUUCAUUACACUUCGUGAUCUGUUUCGUUGGGGCGAACGUUAUCGACUAGCAGCGAAUUCCAACGCUCUCUACGAUUGGGAUCAACAUAUAGCAGAUGAGGGCUACUUGCUUUUGGCCGGAAGAGUCCGCAAGGGUGAGGAACGCGAAGAGAUCGCCGAAGUUAUCAAGAAGCACAUCAAACGCGAAGUUGUACCGCAGCAUCUGUUCACCCUUUCAGACAAAACUUCUUCCAUAACGCGUCCGAUUCUGGAGAAAAUUUACGAGAAUCGUGAUAGCUGCGGAAACGUGGUUUGGACCUACAACAUGCGCCAGUUGGCUGUACUCGUUUUCAAAGGUAUUGCGUUCAAGGAGCCCAUUUUGCUGGUGGGCGAAACGGGCGGUGGAAAAACGACGGUUUGUAAAUUGAUUGCGGACAUAAUUGGACAAGAUCUGAUCACAGUCAAUUGUCACAUGCACAUAGAAAGCAGCGAUUUUAUCGGUGGACUCCGUCCGGUCCGGGAGCACAGUGACGACAAUUUGAAUAAGUUAUUCGAGUGGGUGGAUGGUCCUUUGAUACAUGCCAUGUCCAAAGGGCAUUUGUUCCUCGCCGAUGAAAUUUCUCUAGCUGACGACAGCGUUUUGGAGCGUAUGAACUCGCUUUUAGAGCCGGAACGGUCUUUGCUGUUGGCGGAGAAGGCCAACAGCAAGGAAUCAGAGUUGAUAGUCGCAGAUGCGAGGUUUAGUUUUGUGGGUACGAUGAACCCCGGAGGUGAUUUCGGUAAGAAGGAAUUAUCACCGGCAUUGAGAAACAGAUUUACGGAGAUCUGGUGCGAGCCGUGCUCUAAUCGCCAGGACUUAAUCGACAUCGUAAAGCAUAAUCUCUGUGCGACGGUAUCGUCCCAGGGCGUCGCUAACAACAUCAUCGAUUUCGUGGAUUGGUUCAAGUUGCAAGAGAUCGGAAAGCGCUUCACGAUAAGCAUUCGUGAUAUACUCACCUGGGUCGACUUCAUUAAUGCGUGUGUAGAGAAAAUUGACCCGGCCACCGCUUAUUUCAAUGGCGCUUGUCUUACUUUCCUCGAUAGUUUCGGUUCUGGAGUCACCAGCAUGGAAGCAGAAUCCGUGCUGCAGGAGUUCAAAAAUGAAUGCGUUAACUUCAUUAAGAAUCAAUUGAAAGAAAGCACCAUUAACGUGGCUUCCGAUAAUCUCAAAGUGGAGAUGAUAGGAGAUAUAUUCGGUAUCAAACCCUUUUAUAUUCAUCUCGGCAAAGAAAAAGCGGAUUCAGUUGGCUUCGUCUUCGAUGCCCCAACGACAGUUUACAACACUCUCCGAUUAAUGCGAGGAAUGCAAUUGAAGAAGGCCAUUCUGUUGGAAGGUAGCCCAGGAGUUGGUAAAACGAGUCUCGUCACUGCAUUGGCCAAAGCCACUAGAAACAAAGUGUUCAGAGUGAAUUUAUCGGAUCAAACCGAUAUUUCAGAUUUGUUUGGAGCUGAUUUGCCUGUGGAAGAUGGUCAAGCUGGUCAGUUUGCGUGGCGCGACGGACCGCUUUUACAGGCGCUCAAGCAGGGCCAUUGGAUCUUGUUGGACGAGCUGAAUUUGGCUUCGCAAUCGGUUCUGGAAGGUUUAAACGCUUGCCUGGAUCAUCGCGGUGAGAUCUUCAUUCCUGAGCUCGGAAAGACCUUCAACGUUAAGAUGGGUACUAGAUUUUUCGGUUGUCAAAAUCCGCUGAAGCAGGGUGGCUCUCGGCGAGGUCUACCGCAAUCAUUUUUGAAUCGCUUCACCGAAGUCUACGUGAACCCCUUAAACGCUAGCGACAUGCACUGCAUUCUGCGUUCUCAAUUCCCCGGUCUACCGAAGGAUCUCCUUGAACGUAUGAUCAAAUUCAAUAUGGCGUUGAUGAGUGAACUGGAGAAGCACACGUUCGGGUGCAAGGGCGCUCCAUGGGAGUUUAACUUGAGGGAUUUAACAAGGUGGUGCGAAGCCACCAUUUACCAACGCGGAGAGAACGGUGGUGAUGACUGCAGACCUGAAAAUUUGGUGAUGUUGAUCUACGCCGAUCGCAUGAGAACUCUCGAGGAUAAGAUUAAGAUCUGCGAGUUGUUCGAGGCCGUUUUUGGAGUUUCCAUAGCGGGCACCAAUGCCGUUGCCUACAUAACCAAGGAAUCGGCAAUCUUCGGAGAUGUCAGAGUGUCCAGGGUUGAAGACGAGCAUUCAGCGAACUCUGCAGAAGAUCACGGAUUAGUACUCAGAAGUCAAAUGAGCGUUCUGCGCAGUCUCGGUUAUUGCGUAAACAUGAAUUGGAUGUCGAUUCUCGUCGGUACUGCUGGUUGUGGAAAGAGCAGCGUCGUCCGGACUUUAGCGAAGUUGGCCGGAAAAGCUCUUCGGGUGCUACCUGUCACCUCCGCCAUGGACACUACCGACAUCUUAGGUGGAUUCGAACAGACUGAUUACACGAGACAUUUGGAGGAGCUGGGCCAUCACGUCGAGGCCAUCCAUUUGCGAGCCGUCCGACAAAUGUUCGCUUCUGGUUCCGAGAAGGAGGCCAUCCAGUGUCUGCGCAUGUGGGAGAAAUACACGGCCCUAAAAACAGAGGUGAAAAAUUCAACAAUGCGUGAAGAGGCCGAAAACUGCGUGCAGAAGUUAAAGCAGCUCGAAGCGAUUCUGUCCGAACUGGGAGGAGUCGAUGGAGCGGACGUUGAACUGAUUGGUCGCUUAUUGAAGACCGGAUGUGCGAUCAGGGCCAAUGUCGAAAGACACGAGAGCCUGAACGCCGGCGGCAAAUUCGAAUGGGUCGACUCGGUGCUGAUAAAAUGUUUGCAAGAGGGCACCUGGCUGCUCGUGGAUAACGUUAACCUCUGCAGUUCGGCCGUUCUGGAUCGACUGAACGGUCUGCUCGAGCCGAACGGUGUUCUGAUUGUCGGUGAACGCGGCAUGGACAAAGAUGGCAAGAUGAUCUGCAUUCGGCCUCAUCCGGAUUUCCGUCUCUUCCUGACCAUGGAUCCCAAGAACGGCGAAAUCUCUCGCGCCAUGAGGAACAGAGGUAUCGAAAUCUACAUCCUCAGCGAUGCCGAGAAGGAAGAUCGCAACGAAACCGAUAUCAAAUCGCUCAUAGCGCAACAAGGACUCCGUCAACCCUACUGCAUUGAGGCGCUUCUACAGAUACACGAUGAAAUUACAUCCAACGUCAUCGGGGAAAAACCUAAUUUAGGUCAGCUGUCGCAGGCAUCUUUCCUCAUCAGCCAGAAGUUGUCGCGAGGAGCCAACGUUUCCGGUGCCUUUACCUCCGUCAUCGGCGACGUAUAUUCCAACUGCAGACCGGAAAUGAGCGCGGAGAAAGUACGCGAAAUUUUGAAUUCCGUGCAUGCGACCGGUACGUUGAACCUGGGAGACACCUUGUCCACAGCCAAAUUGCAAAUCAAUUGUGAUUUGGCAAGGAUCGAGCAACAAAUCUCAACGGUUUCCGCAAACGGAAGCAAUUUUGCAUUCAUGCACUUCUUCACCAUCUCAUCGAUGCGUGAUGCGAAUCUACGAUUGGAAUACGUCGCUCGUAUCUUAAGCGACGAAAAGUUUAAAACGUUGGCUACGAGAUUCUUCCGAGAGCUGCAGAAAAGGUGGAGUAACGAUAAACUUCUACCGAUCGACGCUAAUUGGCUACCGGACACCUACUACAACGAUAGGAACGCAACAAGAACAAACAAACUCUUUGUUUUGUUCUACUACUUGACGUGCACCGGACUACAGGAAUUCGAACCGGAACGAAUCCGCAGUAAAACAUUAAAAACUUUCACGCUACAAGAAUAUUUGCUGGGCGUGAAACGCAAGCAGAUCGAGAACAAAAUCGAUGAUGCCGUGAUCAUGAAUGUCCUCUCUCUGCUUCAAAAGUUUGACGAUUUCAUCGCCCAACUGCUCAUCCGAGACUUCCAACUCGACAAUGAAACGACCAUCGAAGUUAUUUCUCUGUUACAAUAUAGAUUUGUACUCUACAGAUUCUUUGUCAACACGAACACGUGCAUGAGCGAGUUGAGAAACGAUGAGAAGAUCCUGAACAAUCUCCACGUCCAUUACAAGUGGUUCAUAAAGAACUCCAUCAAGAACCUGGAGAAGCUAAUCGCAAUCCAAGCAGUCGACGAGAGUUUAACUUUACUGAUCCGCACCAUCAAUGCGGCUUUAGUGAAUCACUUCAGCGCCCUCCAGAAGUUGGGUAAAAAGUACCAGAAAUCUCUCACGAAGCCUCCACCUCUAAUCAACGAACUCCAAACCAAAAUCCUACCAGAGUUUCACGCUGCUCUGACCAAAUUGGAUUACUAUAAUAAGUCCAACGAUUUCCACAAAGCGUUAUCUCUUCUUCAUACACCAGAAGUUAAGAACGCAGCAUUAGAUAUGAAACUGUUUUUCGAUUAUGGAUUCAGUGAGAUUCCAGCUAUUUACGAACAAUUCUCCAAGAUGACGUUCAAAGCGAUCGAAAUAAAGCCCACUGAAAUUGCAGCUUUUCCUGUUUUGGAUCAUUUCAACUUCUUGGAAAUUUUGAAGUUCCGCUUGGAGGAUGAGAACUCUGGUGACAUCAGUGGCGUUUGCGUUCCGAUCAACACUAUAGCUACAAUUCAAAAAUACAUCAAAACUAACGAUAAAAGGAUGUUGAGCGAUGUUAAAACUGAAAUUUCCAACUACUUCAGACAUGCGGCCAGUCUCAAUCCAUCAACUUUCUUGAAAUCCGAAUUAAAUACCACCCUGCACGCCCAUAAUGCUGUUUUGAGCUUCCUCAUUGGUGAUCUGAUGGCAGGGGCGGAGACUUCCAGCACCACCGCUGUCACUCGAUUGGGCAGCUACAGAGAUAAUCACGCCAUGCACCUAAAGAUACGAAGUGCCAUCUGGAGCAACUUCCGGCAAAUAUCCAGCGCAGAAUACGAUUUCACGCAAUGCGAGAAGAAGUAUUUGAUGAAGAGCUACGAGGAGUUCCGGCGCACUUUCUCCGAAAUAUUCGAGGGUAAUUCCAUGGAUUUUAACCAAAUUCUAGAAGGUAUCGAAUCGGUGUUUAGUCAGUUUGAGGAUAGGAACAACGAGAAGGGCGUGCUGAUCUCCUUGCUGGCAGCGCUUCAAGAACAGAUUGGGCUAUUGGAAAGCGAUUCGAUAAAUGUUUUCGCCAACGUUUACAUAAUUCUCAGCUAUCUAAAGGCCCUGUUGAAUUCGCGACUGCCGCUCAUCGAUCCCCUGGCGAAGAUCGAAAUGCGUGAACGCUACUGCGGUGAAGAGAUUCAACACCUAUCGGAAUUGAACGACAGUUUCUUGGUGCAGAGUCGGUUGUAUUCGGACACAAAAUUCGGCCUGAGUCCGUAUUGCGAUGUAUUAAAGCGCAAAAUAGGCGAUUUAGAGGUGAAGCGCGAGAAUCUCUCUAAGUAUGUGGCCGUGCGACCGGAGGAUGUCGACUAUCAGAAUGUGAGAAGGAUGGUUGGUCAAGCUUUUUCCACGGUGUUAUCUCCGAGUACGAUUUUCGAUAUUUACAAAUUUAACAAUCAAAUCGAAGAGUUGAUUCGUGAUGCAAAUGGGGUGGAUAUCAAAUCAAUUGAUACCAAUGUGCGUUUAUGGUCCUCCCUUGUUGCUAGCUUCGAUAGCUUCGUCAAAAGAUUAAACAGCUUCCGGUACACUUUCCCCGAUAUUGUAGCUCCUCUCCUAGCAGACGUUAUGGAAUUAGUUCACGGUAUGAAUCUUAAGAUAGGCUUAAUCAAAAAACAUCUUCUACGAUACGAUCAAUCGAAAACGUACAACAUCUCUCUUCAGAGCGAAUUACUCGAACUAGUGAAGAUUCCAAACGUGCAAAAUCUUGAUGUAGUUAACGCAUAUAACGGAGAUAAACUUAGAGAUUUUGUUGAAAAAACGCUGGCGCAUAGCGAUAAAGCAAACGGAAAAUUAGAGAAUUUCAAGAUGCUCAAGUGCGGAAUCAUGGAGCUUUCGAAUGCCUGCAAAUUGCAUUCGCAGUUCACUCGAACGCUGGACGAGAAUCUCUUCGAGCGCUUCGAUAAGCUAUUGAGGAUGUUCGUAGCCGCUUGGAAAAAGCAAGAGGAAGAUACUGCCGCCAAGAAGGAAGCCGAAGAGAGUCUUUAUAAAACUAAAACAAAAUGCGAUGAGAAUGAAGAUGAGAUCGACGAGAAGGAGUUUAAACGUCUAUUUCCGUCAUACCACGAUCGAGACUUUGCCGAAUUCGGAGAAAAAAUGUUGGGAGAUGACGAUGAUGAUGAUCAUGAUGAUACGGUCAAAAUUGAUAGCAAGUUUUCGGAAGUCAUCAGACUCGAAGAUUUAUAUUUUGUCUCGGAUUUGCAUUCGCAUAUGAUGACGUUGUUCACGAGAACUGAAUGGCUUAAUCCCAAUUGCCACAAGGAUGAUUACAAGUGCGAUACCAUCGAACCAAUUCUGAUUAAGUUCAAGCUCUUCAAGACUCUGCUCGAUCAGAGUCCGGAGAGUUUCGAUUACACUUUGGACGCAGAAUUGAUGGGAACUUUGAAUGUAGUCGCGGCAAUUGCACAAAAUUACGGAGAUUCCAGUUCUCUAGAUGAUGAAUAUUCUGGAAAGUCGAAAAAAUACGACUUUUACAAAGACCCUAACGUCGAGGAAGUCGAACCAGCCUAUGUAAUUCUGUUGAAUUUACAGAAGAAAGUCAACGAACUUUUGGCGGAAUGGCCUGAACAUCCGACUCUCUCUACCGUUAUCGAUUUAAUUGAGAGGAUUUUCAACUUUGACAUAACCAGUCCGCUUUCGCGUUUUCUCACCGGCUUCGAUAUCCUCCUCACCAAGUGUCACGAAUGGGAGGAGAACGCCCACUCGGGUGUUAGCUUAUCGGAGCAUUCUCAAGCGAUCAGUCAUCAAAUGAUCGCCUGGAGGAAGCUCGAGAUAAACAAUUGGAAAAACUCUUUAGAUAACACCUACGAACGGUUAAUCGAAUGCAUGCCUAAAUAUUGGUCGUACAUCUAUGACGUGAUGAAUGAAUUCAUUGAGAAGAAACUCUUCGCAACCGAUGAGUUGAUCUCAACACUACAAAAGUUCAUCCUGCAAUCGAAUGUGGCCGAGUUUAAGACACGUUUGGAAAUGCUGAACGUCUUCCAUUGUCAUGCGACUUAUCUACCGAAAACUGAGGAAAGAGACAUCUUCAUUAGCGUUAUGUGGAAUCUGUUCAAAUAUUACGAGCAGUUCUUGCCGAACGUCACUUCUCAAAUGAAAUCUGAUCGCGCUCCGCUAGAAAAAAAGCUGAAGGACUAUGUGAAAAUCAUCCGUUGGAAAGAUAUCAGUUAUUGGGCGUUGAAAGACACCUUGGAGAAAACGCACAAGAACAUAUAUAAAUUCAUGAAGGAAUAUAUUUUAUUAUUAUCUAAACCAGCAUCUCCAUUCUUGAAAAACGUGACGUCGCAACAAGAGUUUGUUGGUGUUCAAGAUAGACCUCAAAGGACCAGCCCGAAACGAUACCAUUACACUUCAGAUUCCAACUCUUACAUUACCAAAUUGCAAUUGAAUAUUGGAGAGUGCAAAUCAGAGGUUGGAUUAUUAGCCUGUGGUGAUAGAUAUCUGAAGAAGUUGAAGUCUCUAAGUCAGAAGAUUAUCUCAGCAACGCAAUACCCUCAAAAUGUGAAGAAGUUGGAUUGCUUUGUGAGCGAAGUAAUUGCUACAAGCGAACAUCUGCAAAAGCUCGAGAUUGAUACGAAUUUGACGAAGGAGAAGCAAAAGUCACAGGCCAAAGGUUACCUGCAGCAAAAGCAGAGAGCACUCGUCGAUCUCUUCAAAACAUUGUCGAAAAUCGGGUUGUCUUAUCGUAAGGGUCUCAUGGAGGAAAAAUGUAAAGAUAUUACAGCCGAAUACGUGACGAAACCUUUGGAUUUGGAAGCCGCCUUGUCGCACGUACCCAAGUGUAAGAAUGACGAAAAGUUGCUCAUCCUCUGGGACGGAGUCGAGGUUUACUUCCGAAAGUGUUUGAUGCGCAUGGAGAUUUUGGAUGGUGCCGUAAAAACCCCCGCCAAAGACUUGGGCAUGGGCAACGUUGAACGGUGCAAAGGAUACUCCGGCCAUCUGAUGACUUUGGCUUUGGCACAGAAACGUAAGCUGAUCGAAUCCACGAACCUCCUGUACCACAUCCGCUAUUACCAAAUGAUCUUCGGCGAGUUCCAAGAACAUUCCACGUACAUAAACUCUGAAGAUCUGGACAAACUGAAAUAUCUACUCUUCGACACCGUUGUGGCUAUGAAGCAACUCAAAUUAAUCCUGAUGUCGUGUCCAGACUCUGAACCAUCAAAAAUCAUUCCUGUUCUCGAAUCCAACACCGCGUUCAUCCAAACCAAAGACGACCUCAUAUGGAAUUCGACAAUGAAACUCGUCGCAUCUACUCUGACCAAGAGUGAACAAAUCCUCGAAGCUCUACGUAAAGUCAAAUUAACGAUACCUUGCGUGGACAGGAAUCUGGUUACACCAAAAUUCGUCCACCUGCCAAAUUCUACUCAGAUCAUUGACGAUUUGAAGUUGACGAUGGAGAAUCUCGAAGCGAUCAAAAGCAUUUUCGGUUCCGUUCCGAGCAUUGAAACGGUGACCAUCCUGUUGAAGCAGUAUUCUGCUAUGGCUGAAGUGUUAUGUGCCAAACCUGCUGAAGAUAAUUGCAAAGAGGAUCUAAACGAAUUCAAGAAAGAUACUGAGGGUAUCGUUAAAACCGUACUCUUAAUAACGCAAAUCAUUCACAAAAGGUAUCCAGAAAAUAAUGAGGAAGUAAAAGGAGAAGAAGAAGAGGAUCAGGAUGUCUUGUCGGAUAAUCUGCUGAGCGUCUCUUUGGUACAACAAAUCUUCGAUGAUAUUUCUGUUCUUAACAUGGCCGAUAUUUAUUUGCAAGUGAAUUCUUUGGCGUGUAAAUUGGCUGCACUAGAUUAUUCUAAGAUCUCGGACGAGUUCAAACGGGAAAUUGCCAAGAUGGCGCCAUUCUUCGAGCAAAUAGUUUUCUUGUAUCAGUACUUCAUAACGCAACAGGUUUCGACUUAUAGGGUUACGUUAAAGGUGUCGUCGAUUCUUUUGAACAUUUUCAUCGAAUUGGCCACGAACGGUUUUUGCAUUCCGCCUGAGCUGGCCGAGGAGGAGAAAGGUGAAGGUGAUGGAAAGUCGUCGAGUGGAAUGGGUUUGGGUGAUGGUAAGGGCGAGAAGGACGUGUCGGACAGGAUUGAGUCUGAGGAUCAACUGGAAGAUGCUCAACCUGCUGGGCAGGAGCAACAAAAGGAAGAUGACGAGGACUGCAAAGAGGAGGAGAAAGGUAUUGAGAUGACCGAUGAUUUCGAAGGAACCUUACAGGAUAAAGAAGAGAAGCCAGGCGAUGAGGAAGACGAUGAUAAUAAAUCGAAAUCAGACGAUGGAGAAGAGCAAAUGGGUGAUGUCGAUAAUGAUGCCGAUCAGUUGGACAAAGAGAUUUGGGGCUCUGACGAUGAGGAGGAUGUUGACGAGCAAGGCGAUGGAAAAGACGAACUGAAAGGUGACAAAGGAGAGACCGAAGGCGAGCAAGAACUUGCCGCCAAAGAGAACAACGUCGGCAACGAGGAGGAGGAAAAGAAUGGCGAUGAUAAGAAGGAGAAGGAAAAGGAAAAGAAGGAGUUGAACGAGAUGGACGACGUAGAGUACGACGAUGAUCAAGUAGAUCCGAACCAUGGAAAUCAACCGGAAUAUCCAGAACCAGAAGCUCUCGACCUACCCGACGAUUUGAAUUUGGAUGGCGAAGACAACGAGGACGAGAAAAACGAGGAGAAUCCUUUCGACAUAGAUGCGAUUAAAGAUCAAAUGCCGGAAGAUAAGCAAUCAGACGAACCAGAAGACGCCCCAACUCAAGAAGAAGAAAAGAAAGAAGAUGAAAUGGAAAACGACAGUGACGAGGAAGGAGGUGAGAAUAAGGACGAUGCAAAAAUGGACACCGGAGAGGAAAACGAGGAAGAGGAAAACGAAGAUGCAAAGAAAGGUAAAAAGGAAAUAGAAGAGGCUGUGGAGGAGGAGCCGCAAGGCGAGGAUGAAGAUAUGGAAGCACUGGAUGAUCCAAGUACAGCUGAAAACGAAAUAUCCGCUCCGGAAACAUCCACAGCCCAAUCUUCGGUUCAGACAAAUCCAUCCACCGAAGAUCAAUCAAAGAAAUCCAACGACGAAGAUAAUUCGCAAGACGAUAACCCCGAGAAGGCGGGAACUGGACAGGCGCAAAUGGAGGAGAGCAAAUCAGGUCACAAAGGGGAAUCGUAUGCUCAACAAACGUCCAAAAGCAAAGAAGAAGUCAGUAAACCCCAGAAUAAGAGAAACAAGUCAGGCGAAGAAGAUACGGAAAGAAGUAUGGGAGAUACUUCUGAGCCAUUGCACAAGAAGAUGAAAACCAUCGACGUGCAAGAUGGUAAGGAAGAUGAGAAUGAGGAGAUGGAAGGUGAAACUGAAUCAGAAAUAUACCAGCACAUCAAGGAUCCAAAGAACGCCACCGAUCAAAUGUUGGACUCGGUUAGCAAAGAGCAAACAGAUAAGCAAAAGGAUGUACCGAACGAAGAGAAACAAGGAGACGAAGAAAAACCGUCAGAGGAUACGGAGAUGCUUCCAGAAAACGAACAGGAGGAGGACGUUGAAAUGGUGGAUGUGGACAAGUUAAAACCGGAAUCUCUCGAUAAGAAUGAGAGCAAAAAGAAGAGUAAGGACAAGCUGCAGCCAAAAGAUGGGGAGAGCGAAGAUAUUACGGAUGUUGAAAUCGAUGGUGAGAAUGUUGAUACUAUGAAGGUUCGUAGAGGCGGCGAGAGCGAGCAUUUCACUCAAAUGUCGUCUACUCAGGACACGAGCAUUCCGCGCUUAUCUUUGGAAAACAUCACCCAAUUACGAACCGAAAUCGAGCAGCAGCUUUCCGUUUGGCAUGAGCCUCCAACUAGUGGAGAAGCGCAGAAGACCUGGAAAAAGAUAUCAUCGGUGACACUGUCUUUGGCCCAAAGUCUAUCCGAGCAGCUAAGGUUGGUUUUGGAGCCAACGCAGUCGUCGCAUCUGAAGGGCGAUUACAGGACAGGAAAACGCAUCAACAUGCGCAAAGUCAUUCCGUACAUUGCGUCGCAGUUCAGAAAGGAUAAGAUCUGGCUGAGACGCACCAAGCCAAGCAAGAGGGAUUACCAAAUCGUCCUGGCUAUUGAUGAUUCCUCGAGUAUGGCCGACAAUCAUUCCAAAGAGCUUGCAUUCGAGAGCGUGUCUCUGAUCUCUAAAGCCCUGAGUUUGCUGGAGAGCGGACAACUAUCCAUCCUGAGCUUCGGCGAAGACACUGAAGUCUUGCACAAGUUGAGCGAUCAAUUCACAGACGAUUCAGGAUCGAAGCUUCUGCAGAAAUUCCAGUUUGGGCAAAAGAAGACGUGCGUGGCGAAGAUGGUGGAUUUCGCCACGGAGAUGCUCAACGGAUCGUCAGCGACUUUCGUAGAUUCGCUUCUGGCAAAACUGCUGAUUGUCAUGAGCGAUGGAAGAGGUAUCUUCUCGGAGGGCGAGAGCUUUGUGCAGCAGGCGGUGCGACGGGCCAAACUCUCUAACAUCUUCAUCAUUUUCGUGAUCAUCGAUAACCCAGAGAACACCACCUCCAUUUUGGAUAUCAGGAAGCCGAUCUUCCAGGACGGAAAGAUCAAGGAGAUCAAAGCAUACAUGGAUACGUUCCCGUUUCCAUUUUACAUAAUCCUGAGAGACAUCAACUCUUUGCCGAACGUGCUCAGCGAUGCGCUAAGGCAAUGGUUCGAACUGGUUUCGAACGUGGACAAGCAGUAGAAAGGAUGAAAGGUUACAAUGCUUAUAAUGUUUUUAAAUUUUAACACAAAUAAUUUCUGUUUUAUUUUAUAAAAUAUAUGACGAUGAAGUAUAAA